ACCAUCAUGCAGCCCAGGCUCUGCAUCCUGCUCACAGUGAUCCCAUGGGUCUUCAGUAAUAUGGUGGCUCUGACACACACCCUUCUGCUCAUUCGAUUGCUCUUCUGUGACAGCAACACUCUCCCACACUUCUUCUGCGACCUGGCUCCUCUGCUCAAACUAUCCUGCUCAGACACCAUGAUCAAUGAGCUCGUAUUAUUUAUCGUGGGCUUAUUGGUCAUCACAUUUCCCUUCUCCCUCAUCCUCUUCUCCUAUGUCUGCAUCGUCAAAGCUGUCCUGAGAAUCUCAUCCACAGAGGGAAAGUGGAAAGCUUUCUCCACCUGUGGCUCACACCUGACGGUUGUGCUGCUCUUCUACGGGACCAUUGUAGGGGUUUACUUCUUCCCCUCAUCCACUCACACUGACCACAGAGAUAAGAUUGGUGCAGUACUAUUCACCGUGGUGACACCCAUGAUGAACCCCUUCAUCUAUACCCUGAGGAACAAGGACAUGAAAGGUGCCCUGAGAAAGCUCAUCAAUAGGAAAUGUUCUUUUCUUUGA